AUGGAUCAUCUUUCUUCUUUUCAGGGUCUGGCCAUUUUAUUCGUGGCUUGCAGUUGCCCUCUAGCCACACUGGCUCGGGAUAAAGGCUACUCGAGCCGCUAUGCUGAUGAUGAUCGCGGUAACGAAAGCGACGAAUCGGAGUCGGAAGAGGAAGCGCGUUCAAAGCGACGAACGUCCUCGUCAAAACAAAAUACAGCUGCAAAGAAAAAAGAGGAGCCGGAACCAAAAACCAAGCCCGCAGCUAGUAUACCUUCUGCAGAGCCAUCUCUUUUAGACAGUGACUUUUUUAUCGCCGCUCCUGCUGUCGUCACUGUAACAAACACCUUCGAUCCGUUCGCGCCAGCUCCUACUGGCCCUGCGGCGGCACCUCAAACAACAAUGUUUGCCGCAUUUGAAAAUGCUGCUCAUGCACCCCAGCCGCGUUUUGAUGCGUUCGGCCUCGCACAGUCGCAACAGCCGCAACAGCAUCAAAUACAACAGCUACAACAGCAACAGCAACAGCAAAUGCAACUGAAGCAACAGCAGCAGCAGCAGCAACAACACCAACAACAGCAACAUCAACAUCAACAGCAAAUGCAACUGAAGCAACAGCAGCAACAGCAACAACAACAACAACAACAAUCUUCAUUUACUACUUUCGGAAACGUCGCUACUCCUGCUCAAGGAAGUUUUCAACCGUUUGCUGCUUUUUCUAAUCCACCAGUUCAGAAUAGUUACAAUGCAUUUGGGCAGCAAACUAACACUGUGCCCCCCCCACCGGCUGCAUUUAAUCAACAGCAGUUCGGACAACUUGGAAGUAUGCAGGGUGGAAUGCAGGGCGGUAUGCAAAGCACGAUGCAGCAGCAGCCCAUGCAUAGUGGCAUGAUCAUGCAAGGUCGAACAGCUUCUAAUUCUGGUACAAGUCAGCCGCCAACAAUUGUGGAACAAAAGAAGAGUAAUGAUGCGUGGGGAGCUGGCUCUUCGCUGUUUAAUCUCAACAAUCUAGGGAGUACCACCAGCACCAAUUCUGGUAAUGGCAGUCGUCUCGGCCAGCAGCAAUCCAUUGUAGGUCACAACAGCUUUAGCGGCUUAGACACUCUUGCUGGUAUGCCAAGCAAAUCUGUGAUGGGAGGAUCAGGUGGUGUGGACCCUAUGGGUGGCAUGAAUUACGGCGGUAGCAUGAAUUACGGCGGUGGCAUGACCAUGAAUUCCCGUGGAAUGCAGCAACAGUCUACUGGUCAGAUGCCGGUGGGAGGCAUGGGUAUGGGUAGCAUGCAGCCUCUACAAAUGACGGGAGGUAUGGGCAUGCAUCAAGGAGUAGGAAUGCAGCCAGGAAUCGGUAUGCAGCCAGGAAUCGGUAUGCAGCCAGGAAUCGGUAUGCAGCCAGGAAUAGGCAUGAUCAAUCAGGGAAGUAUCGGAGGUAUCCAGCAACAGCAACAGCGACAGCAGCAGGCUUUUAACCAGUUUAGCAAAUUUAGCUGA